CGUCGCAACGCCCGCCGCGCUUCGGAAUUCGAAUCCCUGUCGAGAGAGAGCCGUUGCCAACCCCCGCGCCUCUCUCAAGGCUUCUAUACUCUCUCUCACUCUCUCCCGCCUUCUACUACACUCUCCCUCUUUAGUGUGUGUGUGUGUGUGUGUGUCAUUCUCCUGCUCUCUGUGACUUUCUGUUAUUGUGCGUCGGAUCGGUGGAUGCUUGGCUGCAUUGUUUCGUACUCUAUUCUGGAGGGGUUUUGUAAGUGUUGUCGCGUUGGAGUGGGUGGUUGGACUGUAAGGAGCUAGCGUUUUAGAGCUACAGUGCGGUUUGCUGUGUGAGUGAGUGAGUGAGUGAGUGCGUGAGUGAGGAUGUCUGUUUCUGGUAUGGACAACUAUGAGAAGCUGGAGAAGGUAGGAGAGGGGACUUACGGAAAGGUGUAUAAGGCCCGUGAUAAACGCUCCGGGCAGCUGGUGGCGCUCAAGAAGACUAGGUUGGAGAUGGAGGAAGAAGGCGUCCCUUCCACCGCUUUGCGCGAAGUUUCGUUGCUACAAAUGCUCUCCCACAGCAUGUAUAUCGUCAGGCUACUUUGCGUGGAGCACGUCGAGAAAGGCGGCAAGCCCAUGCUCUACUUGGUCUUUGAAUAUAUGGACACUGAUCUUAAGAAGUAUAUUGACUUGCACGGUCGUGGUCCGAGCGGGAAGCCUCUGCCUCCCAAAGUGGUCCAGAGUUUCAUGUAUCAAUUGUGCACAGGGCUUGCCCACUGUCAUGGCCACGGAGUAAUGCACAGGGAUCUGAAACCCCAGAAUUUGCUCGUCGACAAGCAAACCCGUCGUCUUAAGAUUGCCGACCUUGGUCUCGGUCGGGCAUUCACAGUGCCAAUGAAGAGUUACACACACGAGAUUGUUACUCUAUGGUACCGAGCUCCUGAAGUUCUUCUUGGAGCGACCCACUACUCUCUACCUGUGGAUAUCUGGUCUGUUGGGUGCAUCUUCGCUGAACUCGUCCGGAAAAUGCCGCUCUUCACUGGAGACUCCGAACUUCAGCAGCUUCUUCACAUCUUCAGGUUGCUUGGCACCCCGAAUGAGACAAUCUGGCCUGGUGUUAGCCAGCACCGUGAUUGGCACGAGUUUCCUCAAUGGAGACCACAAGAUCUGUCCCUUGCUGUUCCCGGACUCAGCGCGGUUGGCUUAGACCUUCUCGCCAAAAUGUUGGUAUUCGAGCCCUCAAAGAGAAUCUCUGCCAAAGCCGCCUUGAGCCAUACUUAUUUCGCUGAUGUUGAUAAGACAGCAACCUAAACACAACAGAACAAUUCAAGAGAACCAGGUAACCUCUACCUGUCCAAGACGAAGGACAUCUAACUCUUCAGUCAAACUUGGCCAAUCAUGCUGAUUGGGAAUUGAACCACAGGAACGAGGUGGGCACCGUGGUUCGCUGUAGCAUACAAAGUAGUCUGGAAGACUUGACAUCGUUAGCUGGCAAUGCAGUAUUUUGGAAAUACAAUUUUUCAUUAAAAAUCUCCUAAAGAUUCAAUAUUUGCGAUA